AUGACACGAAGUGGUAAAAAAUACUUGGAAAGAUACGGAUGCAAUGGUCUUGUAUUCGAUGACACAUUUGAUGUAACACGUUACUGCUUCCGACUUGCGACUUUGCUUGUUGCGAACGAUGCCGGCAAAGGAUUCCCUUGCUGUUUCCUAAUCAGCUACCGUAUGACGUCCGAUGAAGUUUCUGUCUUAUUCGGCCUAGUUAAGAAGUGGAUCCCACAUUUUGAUGCUCGAUAUAUAAUGACAGAUGAUACAAAUGUAUUUUAUAACGCGUACAACGCGACGUUCCCGCAAAGCAGAGCACAAAAAAUUCUAUGCUCUUUUCAUAUUUCUAAAAGUGUAAAAAAAAGC